CAAGCUUCGGUCACCAAAACCAACGUCACCUUUUGGGGGGGAGCAACUGUCAACCAAUUCACACACCGAGCGCAACUGCGAAGCGAUUAACAAACAAGGCAGAAACAUAAAACCCUGUUUCUUGAUUGGCUAGCUCACAACUCAUAUACCAAACGUGAUCUAAGCCUACUCAGGUACUCUGGAGUUUAUCCACACGCGACAAGCUUCCUUGACAGCUCUCAGCUAGCCUCCUUGGUACCUAAGCUGAGAGACAGCUUGUAUACCUACCUAUACCUAUGCAACACACCACAGCCAGGAACAAGCAUCAGAUACCGCCAUAAUGCGUGAGCGUGUCACAUUUAUCCACAACGACUAUGCCCUUGAUCCUGAGGAGUUGGACAACCAAGAAGCUGGAUUACUUGGACCCCAGAUCGAGUCAAUUCGCCAGGAUAAGCUCACUAUCCCCUUCGAUGAGUUGCCUCGUGAGCUCACCGAUAUACUCCAAGAGUAUGAGGCUCUUCACAUUAGAUGGGCUAGCCCUGUCAAAUCCGAGACACUCGACCCUUUCACUUCACGUAUUUCACCAGGGCUUCAUGUCUAUGCGACUCCAGAAUCCCCAAACUCAUGUAACCCAACAAAACUGUGUGGCUGGCUCCAGAGGUUUGGGCCACUAGCCUGUUCAAAGCCAGAGGCUUUCACCGAGUUUAAGCAACCAGCUACCUCCACAACCCCAAACUUCUCGUUCUAUCAAGCACUAGAAGAUCUGCACUCCUUCAUAACUAUUAGCUUUCAGGAGUUCUGCCCUGAACUGGACACCGUUUGUAACGCACGACUACGAAGCUUGUUGACCGCGACUAGCUUGGACUUAUCCUUUGAUAAGUCUACAAAUGCUCUUGUUACUUCUGCACUGUGGCCUCUUCGGCCCCAGACGGUUGCAGUUCCUGCAUCAACUGAAAGAAGGGUCGAAGUUGGCAUUUUUGUCAACGACCGCUCGCAGCCAAACAUAAAGGAGAACGAGCUUGGUGUUGCUGGCGUUCUAUCCGUGCUUGGAGACCAGAAAAAGCCUUCGCCAACCAUAUUCACCUUCCCAGCCCGACACCGUCAAGACAAAUCUGUCUUUACAUCUAGAUUUCUCACACCCACAGGACUUCACCCAACUCUUCAACUCAGCUUCAGCUCUAACAAACUUCCAAGCGCCGAGGGCGAGUGUGCGCCAUACGCAUUCUUGACAUUGCCGAAGACCAUAUUUGCGGAUCGUUAUCAACUAGGAGACGAUUUGUUCCUGGCCUCCAAGAACCUGACAGCUUUGCGAUACACGACUCUACCUGUGGACUUGGAAGCACCAGCAUAUACCACUGAGACAUGGGGAUCCAGUAUUCUGCUUGAGCUCGUGCCUCCUGCGUCCGAAGAAGAGCAGCCGUGGAAUGUCGAAAUCCCUCUUCACCUGCGAUACCUCAAGCCUUCAAUGUCUGGUCAAGUGGAGACCGAGAUUCCCUAUCCUGCUGUCUUCUGGGCAUGCGCCUCAGGAGAGGAGACACUGGAGAACCCAUUUGACCGUCUCCAUAUUGGCUAUGACAAUCUUUUCCCCCGAGACACUGCCUUCUGGCACGUCACCCCUCAGCCAGAGGGUGGGAGCAGACUCACGAACCGUGUCACCGUACCUGUCCUUAAGCUCGAGGGCAUAGAUACGAUCAGAUCAGGCACAGCAAUUGCUGUUUCGCUAGGUUUCGCCUGGGUACUGUGGAAGUUGGUCAGCAUUAUGCUAAAGUCUGGAAAGCCAGUGCUCAAGAAGACCACUCAAAAGAAGCCUAAACAAACUAAUAAAGCUUGAGGUCAAUAAUUUUAGUUCAGCUUGUUUGACCAUUGGUAUGAGAAUGGUGGAAUUGAUGAAAUAGAAGAUGAAGAUGAGAAAUCAAUACGAAUUUAAAUACGAGGAUUAGUAUUUUUCUUCUCUACCAACCUAUCGGAUUUUCGCUUAUGAUCUGAAACCUGCCUAGAGGUAUUCUGUAUCGCCCAACGUCGACUAAACGUUGUACACGUGACGUCAGACACUCGAGAUAGUAGAACGCAACUCGGCC